UAUUUCGUAAUGUGUAUUGCAGUCUUAUUACGGUGGAUUUACAUAGAGUUAUUAACACGAGAGUAGUAAAUCCAUCGUGUAAAGAGAUUUCAGCACCUGUUUUCCUCUUUUGCAUCUCGGUUAGUUUUGAUAAUUUGAGCCCUUUUGAAAUUUGCUUUACUUUAUUUAAUUAGUGUAAUCUAAUCACACGACGAUGGAGGGAGAAUGGUCUUCAUUUUCCUUAACUCAUGUAGAAUAUCCGAAAGGAGACAUUUACGGCCUUGUUUUAGCAAUACUUAGCCUUCUCCCCUUAGCCAUUAUUGUCGGUUUUAUAACUUUGAUAUUCUUUAGAAGAGAUUUACACACGAUAACUUUCUUCGUCGGGCAACUAGGAAACGAAGUGUUGAACAUGGUGCUCAAAAAGGUUAUCCGUGAACCUAGGCCGAUGCGAAGGGAAGUAAAUUAUAACGAGUGGGGGAUGCCGUCCUCUCAUUCUCAAUUCGUCACUUUUUUCGCCCUCUAUUCAGCUCUCUUCAUUCUGUUCAGACUGCCAGCCACUAAAUUAGGACAUAAAUUAGGGCUUAUCACAUUUCUAACGGGGAUUGCUAGUGGCGUUAUAUACUCUCGGAUUUAUCUUAUGUACCACACAUUGAGUCAGGUGGGAUGGGGGGCAGCCAUCGGCGGUGCGGUUGCCCUCGUCUGGUUUCUCACGACCGUUUUCGUCUAUGUUCCAUUGUUUCCUUACAUUUCUAAUUUACGAAUCUGUGAAAUGCUGUUGAUUAAGGAUACCAGCUUAAUUCCAAAUAUUUUGUGGUUUGAAUAUAAAAAUGCAAGACUGGAAGCUCGUUCCAGAGUGAGAAAGGGGGCCAGCUCAAAACUACAGUGAUCUUUAGAAAAGUACAUAUUAAAAAGAAUUUUGACAAUGUUGUUAUAAGUUUUUAAUUGACUAUUUUCUCUGUAACAAUCAGUAUAUAUAUUGGAUAUUUACUAAAUGUAGGAAUUUGCAUAUUUCAUAGUUUGGAUUUUAUGAACUGUUACUUUGUUGGAUUAUGGGAGUUAAAUAAAGUUACCAAAUAUUAAAAUCGCG